UCCGCUCCGCUUACCUUCGUUUCAUAUUCAUUCCGUCUCUUUCUCUCUCUGCUAGCAACACAGACACACGUAGAGAAACACACACCCAUCGAGAAACAGAUGGCAGAUUCUUCUCACCUCGAGAAAAUGGGCAGAGAACUCAAGUGCCCCAUCUGCUUGAGUCUGCUGAACUCCGCAGUUUCACUCACAUGCAACCAUGUAUUUUGCAGUUUAUGCAUUGAGAAAUCUAUGAAAUCAGCUUCCAGUUGUCCGGUCUGUAAGGUCCCAUACCGACGUAGAGAGGUUCGCCCUGCUCCUCAUAUGGAUAACCUGGUGAGCAUUUACAAGAGCAUGGAAGUUGCUUCAGGAUUCAAUAUAUUUGUCACUCAAACUGUACCGUCCACCAAAUUAUCAGAUGAAGAGAACCAAUCAGUGGGGGGUGUGACUAGUGGAAGACAAGAGAAUGGUAGAACAUGCGAAGAGGCACCAGGUAAUCAGAGAGGGGUCAAAGGAAAGCAGUCCAAAAAAUCGUUAAAGAUCUCCAAAGAGAAUUCAAAUCUGGAUCAUGUGAAACCAUCCUUUCUAACAAAGAAAAGAGUACAGGUUCCGCAAUAUCCUCCUUCAGAGGCUCCAGUACAGCCUGCAACGUUUGGUGGACUAGGUGAAAUUGCAAAAGCUAAACUAGAUAAAAGUUUAGUCAUAAAAGAAAAAUCUGCUGUACAUGGAAAAGGAGAAGCAGCUUUCACUCCAUUUUUCUGGUUGAGAGAUGAAGAGGACGUAGAGAAGAUAACUCAGCAGACGGAUGAGGGUGGCAACAUGGAUACUCCACCUAAUGCUCCUUGCUUUAGUGACAUAAAGGACUCAGAUGAUGAAAUCCCCUCUGAAGUGUCCCCAAAAGGAAGAACAGAUAUCACACAUAAUGAUGCAGAUUACUUUGAUAGCGAGAUGUUUGAAUGGACCCAAAGACCUUGCUCUCCUGAGCUCUGCUCAAGUCCCAUGAAAAGACAGGUUGCUGAUAGUGAUGAAUUUGAUGAAAUUCAGGUAAAGAAAUGCAAAUUAUCUGCACAUUGUGGAACUACAAAUGGAAAACACAUUAUUGAAAACAUAGAAGAUGUGGUUCCCAAACAGAGGGCUGAUGAUGUGGAGGUAAGCUUAACUGCUAUGUCCUCUCCAAGAAAAAAUAAUACCGACACUAAUGACGAAUUGAGAAAAUCCAAUAAAAGAGGUAGGAAGGUGAGUGGAAGAAGAAUAAAGAAACAAGCCAAGAGAACUAUGGAUGAAGCACCCAGAGUUCAAGUUGAUCCAGAGAGAUUGGCCGAGUGUGCUAUUCAUGAGAAGAUACUGAACGAGAAUAUCAAGUCCCUACAUUUGAACAAAAGAACUUGUAAGGGGGAUAAGAAGGUUAUGUUUGAUAGCAGUGCUGCAGAAAGUGUACCAGAAACCGUUUCAUCCUUCUCUGCUGAAGCGAAUCCCCUGAAUCUCGAUAACAACAGGGUCACGGACUUUCAACAUUCAACAGAUCAGAAAAAGAGCAGCAUGAAGAGUGUCGUUCAGCAACAGAUAGAUAUCCCCAAAAGAACAAGAAAUAGGACCAAUUCUAAAUGCCAAGAGCAGAGAUGUUCAAACAAGCGAAAAAUCUCAACUAUUGAUAUCUCAAAGGAUAAUAAGUUGGUUAAAGGUGUUCAGGAUGGUUGUAAUGAGGUUUCUGUCAAGAAGACUCAACCCAUGGGAAAGUUGCAAUCCACCUCUGAAGUCAGGGAUCUCCAGGUUAAAAAGUUGGAGGAGGUUCCUCCAGCUUUGAAUGGAGUGGUAUUGCGUAAAUGUGAGACUGUUACUAAUAAAAUCCAGUGUGCAUUCUGCCAUUCUACAGAAGACACUGAGGCCUCAGGUAUCAUGGUUCACUACCUCAAUGGCAAGCCUGUUGCGGCUGAUUAUAACGGUGGAUCAAAGGUCAUACAUGCACAUAGGAAUUGCACUGAAUGGGCUCCUAAUGUAUACUUUGAAGAUGAUAAUACCAUCAACCUAGAAGCUGAAUUAGCAAGAAGUCGAAGGAUUAAAUGCUGUUGCUGUGACAUCAAAGGAGCGGCUCUUGGAUGUUAUGAGAAAAGCUGUCGCAAGAGUUUCCAUUUUCCUUGUGCCAAGUUGAUUGCACAAUGCCGGUGGGAUAAUGAUAACUUUGUCAUGUUAUGCCCUCUUCAUGCAUCCUCAGCACUUCCUAAUGAGUUAUGUGGAUCUCAAAUAAAAAGGAAACAGAAAUGCAUUCUGAAAAGGCCAUCUAAAAGCCACCAAUCAGAAGUUGCUGUUAUACAUGCCAGUAAUACCAGCCAGCGUUGGGAUUCAAGUGGAUCAUUUGGAAAACUUGUCCUCUGUUGUUCAGCACUCACAAAAGAAGAGAAGGAAAUUGUUUCUGAUUUUGGGAGGUUAUCUGGAGCUACGGUGUUGAAAAACUGGGGUUCCAGUGUCACCCAUGUCAUUGCAUCUACAGAUGAGAAUGGAGCAUGCAAAAGAACCCUAAAAAUUUUGAUGGGAAUCUUAGAGGGGAAGUGGAUACUGAGUACUGAAUGGAUUAAGGCUUGCAUGAAGACCAUGGAACCUGUUGAUGAGCAGCUUUAUGAAAUUGCUGUUGACAUUCAUGGAAUCAGGGAUGGUCCUCGACUUGGGAGAUUGAGACAUGUAAACAAGCAACCAAAGCUCUUCGAUGGGUGUAAGUUUUAUUUCACUGGAGAAUUCAUACCUUCAUACAAGGGGUAUCUACACGAUCUUGUAGUUGCAGCCGGAGGGACUGUUCUGCAAAGGAAGCCUAUUUCAAGAGACCAGGAAUCCCUGUCAUCUGAAAACCCCAGAUCAUCAGUAUAUAUCAUUUAUAGCCUUGAGUUACAAGGUAAGUGUGACCCCAACAAGAAGAAUUCAAUCUUCAACCAGAGGCGAAAAGAUGCAGAAGCUUUAGCAAGUUCCACCGGAGCCAUAGUGGCAAGCAAUUCAUGGGUUUUGAACUCCAUUGCUGCCUCCAACUUGCUUGAUUAGAUGAAGUAAAAUCAGGCAAGUUUAUGGGGUUUUGGAUAUUUAUGAACAUCAUUUUAUGCCACAACAUUGUAAGCAAAGCUUGAUAAGUCAUAAAUUACCUCUUUUAGGACAAAGCCUAGUGUGUAUAAGGUUAUUGAGAUUGCUUUGUUAAGUUUUUCUAAUCCAAACAGAACUCUGAUGCCACACAGCAGAAACUUAUUUCCUCUC